AUGCAGGUUCUCGCAGGGCAAGACAAUAAUUUUGCUUUCUAUAACGCCACCACGUACAAACCAAAAGUACAAAAGCCAGCACCGACCCCAAAACAGGGAGCCCACAUGGAGAGAGCAAGGAAACCAGAGCAACGACCCUUAUCUUCUCUUUAUCUCUCUGUAUGGGUUCGUCGGCAAGCUGACAAGUUCUCCGACCGAAGCCCAAAAACCCCAAUUUGGUGGGUUUUCCUAAGACCCUAA